AUGUUCUGCUGUUCGAAAAACAUACUAGACACGGUAGAGAAGAGGAGGAGGGGCUAUGGGAUGUACACGGAAAAGAAGCCAAACGAUGAGGGAAAUGAAUUAAUAUCAAUAUGUGACAAUAAAGUGUCCAUCGUGAACAUUUUAAGAAGAGGAAAUGAGUCGACGUGCAAGGCAAAGCAAGAGAAGAGCGAGACCGUUAAGAAGACACCACCAGUGUGCAAAUCCAAUGUGCUCAAAUAUUAUGAGGCGAACAUUUUGAAGGAAAAAAGCUCCAAGGGGACAUCCCUUACAGAUGUAAAAAAAAACGAAGAAGCGGAAAAAAAAAAAGGAGAUACACGCAAGUCACACCAUGAUAAGCAUAAGAAGGAUGUCAUUAAGCACAAGCACGAGGUGGAUGAGUUUUCUCAUUUGAACACGAAGCACAAAUUUAAGGCUUUGAAGGAAAUACAGAGGCAGCUGAAGGAUUGCAUAAAGGAGCAGGAGUUUAGCAUCCACGACGAUAUUUUGUUCUUGAACAUAUACAGGCUGACCCACAAGAAAAUGUACUCCCUGCUGGACAGGAAAAGGAAGAGCGCGGGCCACUACAACUGCAACGAAGUCCUGGACAUGAUACUAAACGGGAAGCUGCACAAAAACAGCCUAAUUAAGCGAAAAUCGGAGGCGCAGUAUGUAUACCUAAAGGAAAAAAUCAACGAAAUUCAUUUUUUAAAAAAUAUGGAGCUACAGUACUAUCUCAAAAUUAAGAAAAACAUACCCUCCAUGAAAUCCAAAUUUGAAGAAAACUACACGAAGGAAAACUCCCUAUUUCUCGAAUUCAGCGAAGCGUUAUUAGCAGAAAAGGUAAAGUCCCUAAAACGCUUCUUCGUUUCUCCCUACUGUAAAAACAUUGUAGAAAUAGUUUUAAUACCAAAGCAGAAGAACAGAAACUCCUUUUAUGGGCACCACAAAAUUUUCGCCGACCUGUUUGUAACAAAACAUAUUUCCGUAUAUUUUUAUCACCUCAUUGAGAAAAAAAUGGAAAGGCAUAAUUUGGCAGGGAGGACAGGGCCCAUACAUUUAAGAAUAAAAUUGAAGACAAACUACCCCCAAGCGAUAAAGACCAUUUUCAGGUACAUAUACGACAGGAAUUUGAACCUGCACGAAUUGGAUUUUAAAUUGUUGGUGAGUGUUUACAUGGAGUGUGUUCAUUUGAAAAUUCCCAGCAUCGUGGAUGACGUGACUGAGGUGAUUUCGCAGAAGGCCACCUUCGACAAUAUCAUUGGGGUGCUGGGGCUGGCCUCCACCUUCAAGCAGAUCGCCACUCCCCUGUUCAGCGACUUCGCGCGAGUCAUUUCGGACUCGGGGGGGUACCUCUUCGCGAAAAACUACCACUACCUGCUGGACAGCGAAACGUACAGCCACUUCCUCCGCAGCGACAACCUCAUCGUGAACGAAAUGAGGCUGUUCAUCGAAUCUGUGAAGUUCAUAAUCAAGAAGAACUGCGACAUGAAGGAACAAAAGUUAAUUUUCCAAAGCAUCCGAUUUAGCCUCCUAUCAAGGGAACACCUCCACGAAAUUUACCAGUACAUGAGGAACUGCUUUGAAGACAUUUUACAUAGCAAGUACGACGAGACGAAUUUCAUCUGCAUGAGGUACCGGCACUCCAAGUUGAGGAUAAAGGGGGAGUGCCCAAACAGUGACCACGGGGAAGCGUUAAAUGCGGCAAGUGCUGAACGAAAAGAAAUUGCUCAAAUUGCUCAAAUUGCUCAGGGGGAAAAAGCAGAUGGUGUUAAGGCAAAGGAAGACGUGGCGACUGCUGGAAGACCCCCCAAGUUGUCAUUCUCCGAAGAAAUAAAGCACUUAAACGAAUUUUACAAAAUAAUAAAUAAAGAAGCUUUUGAACCCCCGUACUUUAGUAAGAAGAAGAAAGAAAUAUCCGUUAAGGGACUAACCAUUUGUAUGAACAAUAUUUAUAACAUCCUUUUUGAUCAUAUUUUCCAAAAAAUGGGAAAUCAAAAAGAGGUAAAGGAGAGGUGCAGGAUAUGGAAGGAAAAUAAAAACUUUUUGUGUGUAAACGAUUUUACCAAUGAGAAGUACUCCUUCCAAUUAAUUAAAAAAAAGGGAAAUACAGACAAAUAUGCGUUUACGCAUGGCGACGAAAGGUUAAUAAGUGAAUGUAAAUUGGUGUACCAAAUUGUACAAAGCAAAGAGAGUAAUAUCUCCAUCGGAGUCAUUUUAAAAAGGAAGGAAUUAAACAGUUUAUCCUCUCAACAGAAUUGUAAAAUCCCAAUGGCUUUACUCCAAUGUAGUGAUCAGCUGGUCAUUUAUUUUGAUUUUUUUGUAAAUGAUUUUUACGCGUGUAAUGUUGACAGUAGCAGCUCCGCCUUAAUGAACAGGACCAAGCUGAACAUACAUGCGCAUGAAAAUAAAUUGCAAAAUGGGGAUAUGAUUAUUUACAGCGUGGCCGUUAUAAAUCAAGCCCUCGAAAUUGACAUCAGCAUAUUACCAAAGGGCAUCAGCUUUUCCUUCUCCUUUGCGCUGCUGAAACCGACCAUUUUCGGGGGGCAGGUCAUAAGGAAGCCCUUCAUCCACGUGGCGCCCUUCUUCGCCCUCAAGGAUGCCUUAGACUCCAUUUCGGUGCCCACCGUAAAGUUUUAA